UCCUCAUCGUCUCCAACCUCGGCGAAACCCUAGCUAGCCCCACCGAGUCGCAAGCCGAGAUGUCUCGCACCGGACCGAUCGCCCAGGACUGGGAGCCGGUGGUCGUGCGCAAGAAGCUGCCCAACGCCGCCGCCAAGAAGGACGAGAAGGCCGUCAACGCCGCCCGCCGCGCCGGCGUCGACAUCGACAUCGCCAAGAAGCAUAAUGCUGGGACAAACAAAGCUGCUCAUAGCACCACAUCGCUCAAUACAAAGAGGCUUGAUGAUGAUACAGAGAAUCUUGCUCAUGAGCGUGUGCCGUCAGACCUGAAGAAGAGCAUUAUGCAGGCUAGAACGGACAAGAAGCUCACACAGGCACAGCUUGCACAGCUGAUCAAUGAGAAGCCACAAGUCAUCCAGGAGUACGAGUCAGGCAAGGCUAUCCCAAACCAACAGAUCAUCGGCAAGCUGGAAAGGGCUCUUGGCACAAAGCUGCGAGGCAAGAAGUGAAGCCGCGUGCAUCUGACAGGAGUCGAGGCUUUCAAGAGAGCUUGGCUGGGCAAGUUUACCGCUAAAUAAAGCUUGUCUACUAAAUCAUGCGACUUAAGAAAACCCUGGAGUUUGGUAUUUCGCUCAGGUUUGGGUGAAUGUAAUUAUUAGCUUCUGUGAACAACUCUGUAUCUGGGUUUCGUUUCGUCAGUGUGUCUUCGUGAAUGUGAACUGUUCUGAAUGCCUGAACCUUUAUAUAACUUGUCUCUGUUACCAAAUGUCUCUGCAUUAUUAA